UUGACGCUGAACAGGCAGUGGAAAGGAACACGGUCCCGGGUAGAUUCCCUCCAGCCGCAACGGUCAGGCGCGUAUCAAAUCUGUCUGCUAGCCUGCAGUUCCUUGUUCGCCCAGGUUCUAACACAGGACACAGACACCCAACUGUCCAUAAGUCUUCUGGAAGGCAGGAGAAGACUGGAGGAGGAUUUUGGACACAGAGUUCACCAGUGAGGGUACCUGGGCGCAAGGUCUUCAUGAGGUGCUUUUUCAGAUGGACCAAGCCCUCAGUCACAGGCCCCUGGUCACUAAUUUUUAUUCUCUCUACCGUACGAUAUGAAUAUGGGAGUGGCAAGAAGUAUGGCGGCCCUUGUGGAGGAAGAAACUGCUCUGUCUGCCAGUGCUUUCCUGAAAAGGGAUCUCGGGGUCAACCAGGACCACUGGGGCCACAGGGACCAAUAGGGCCCUUGGGACCCCCGGGACCCAUUGGCAUUCCAGGAGAGAAAGGACUGAGAGGUGUCAGUGGCUUGCCUGGAGCAGCAGGAGAGAAAGGAGACAAGGGUCCAACUGGUGUCCCUGGAUUUCCAGGUUUGGAUGGCGUACCAGGUCACCCAGGACCUCCCGGACCCAGAGGCAAACCUGGCGUGGAUGGUUUCAGUGGCUCAAGAGGUGAUCCAGGAUUUCCAGGAGAAAGAGGCGUGCCUGGCCCAGUAGGGCCCCCUGGACAGCCUGGGGAAAAUGGAGAAAAAGGAAGAUCGGUGUUCAUUUCUGGUGGCAUUAAAGGUAUUCAGGGAGACCCCGGGGACCCAGGACUGCCCGGCUUGCCAGGAUCUAGGGGUGUCCAAGGAUCAACAGGGCCCAUGGGGUAUGCUGGUGCACCAGGGCCUGCAGGACCUAUAGGUCAUCCUGGGAGCCCUGGGUUGAAGGGAAAUCGUGCUGUGGGAAUAAAGGGGCAAAGGGGAGACCCGGGUGAAGUUGGCCAGCAUGGUCCUCCUGGGCCCACCCUGUUUGUACAGCCACCUGAUCUGAACCUCUACAAAGGAGAAAAGGGUAUAAAAGGAAUUCCCGGAAUGAUUGGCCCUCCAGGACCUCCAGGACGCAAGGGAGAGCCUGGGAUUGGAACCAAAGGAGAGAAAGGAAUUCCUGGGUUCCCAGGACCCCGGGGCGAGCCUGGUUCCCAUGGAUCUCCAGGUUUUCCAGGAUUCAAGGGAGAACAAGGAGUGGCUGGAGAUCCUGGACUGUCUGGCUUUCGUGGUGCAAAGGGGGAUCCCGGAGACCGCGGGGACCCAGGACCACCGGGUGCUUUGGUAACUCCCUCUCCUCCUCUCAAAGGUCUUCCAGGGGACCCAGGGCCCCCUGGCCGCUAUGGAGAAAUUGGAGAUGUUGGAUUACCAGGUCCUCCCGGACCCCCAGGCAGACCAGGAGAAACCUGUCCAGGCAUGGUGGGACCUCCUGGGCCCCCAGGGAUUCCUGGUCCUCCAGGAUUUCCAGGGGAAGCUGGUGUUUCUAAAAGAUUCGACUGUGCUCCAGGAGAACAGGGGAAGCCAGGACCACCUGGCCUUCCUGGAGCGCCAGGACCACAGGGCACCCCUGGAUCAGAUGUUAUAUAUUGCAGCCCUGGGUGUCCUGGACCAAUGGGAGAAAAGGGAAAAAUGGGUCCCCCAGGAAGAAGAGGAGCUAAAGGAGAAAAAGGAAAUGAGGGACUCUGUAUCUGUCCACCUGGUCCCAUGGGACCCCCUGGCCCUCCAGGACUUCCUGGAAGACAAGGAAGUAAAGGAGACUUAGGGCUUCCUGGCUGGCACGGAGAAAAGGGUGAUCCAGGCCAGCCUGGUGCCGAAGGACUUCCAGGGCCCCCAGGAAUGCCUGGUGCCUUGGGGUCCCCUGGCCACAAAGGGGCAAAGGGUGACAUGGUCACAUCAAGAGUGAAAGGGCAGAAAGGAGGAAGAGGGCCUGAUGGGCCACCAGGAUUUCCAGGGUCACGUGGACAAGACGGUCAGGAUGGCCGUGCUGGAGAAAGAGGGGAUCCGGGGCCCAGAGGUGACCAUAAGGAUGCGACCCCGGGUGAGAGAGGGCUUCCCGGACUGCCAGGUCCUCGAGGGACAACAGGACCUGUGGGACCUCCAGGACUGGGAUUUCCAGGCCCACCAGGAGAGAGAGGCCAACCAGGAGAGCCGGGGCAUCCAGGCAUGAGGGGUUUUGAUGGCGUGAAGGGGCAGAGAGGUGACACCAUUUCUUGUAAUGUAACCUACCCAGGGAAUCCAGGCCCUCCAGGUUUUGAUGGACCUCCAGGUCCAAAGGGGUUUCCAGGUCCCCCUGGCACUCCAGGUAUGAGAUGUCCAGACGGGCAGAAAGGCCAGAAAGGCAAGCCAGGAGGGCCUGGAAUUCCAGGUCCACCUGGUUUUCGUGGUGACAUGGGAGAUCCAGGCAUUGGAGGUGAAAAGGGGACCUCCCCUAGUGGACCCCCAGGUCCACCUGGGCCUCCUGGAAUGGAUGGCCAGAAAGGAAUCCCAGGAGACCCUUCGUUUGGUGACCCAGGACCCCCGGGAGAUAGGGGUCUUCCAGGAGUGCCAGGCAUGAAAGGAAGCAAAGGUUACCCAGGAUGCCCAGGGUUUGAAGGGCCACCUGGCAAGCCCGGAUCUCCAGGUCUCAAAGGUCCCAAAGGUAGACAGGGAAGCCCUGGGUUUCCAGGGAUCCCAGGACCCCCCGGUCAUUCCUGUGAAAGAGGUGCUCCAGGGACCCCAGGACAACCAGGACUUCCUGGAGCUCCUGGUAGUCCAGGGGCCCCAGGUUGGAAAGGCCAGUCAGGAGACAUGGGGCCUUCUGGACCAGCUGGGAUGAAGGGCCUCCCUGGCCCCCCAGGCCUCCCAGGAGCAGAUGGUUUCCGAGGGCCUCCUGGGACUCCAGGACCCACUGGAGACGAUGGCCCACCUGGCCUACCAGGCCCAAAGGGACACCCAGGGCCGCCUGGCUACCGUGGUUUUCCGGGAGAGAGAGGAAGGUCAGGUCCAGAUGGACAACCUGGGAGAAAGGGAGAAACUGGAGAGAAGGGCUGGCCUGGCUCCCAGGGAGACAUGGGAGAGAAAGGUGCCAAAGGAGACAGAGGACCUCCCGGUGACACAGGAGAAACAGUCAUCAUUUCCAGAAAGGGGGAGCCUGGGGAAACUGGGCAGCCAGGAGAUGACGGGUUCCCGGGACCGAGAGGUGAUAAAGGAAGCCCAGGGAUGCAAGGGGGAAGAGGAGAUCCUGGAAGAGAUGGAGUACCUGGAUUGCACAGAGGACCACCUGGGUUAAAUGGGCCUCCUGGGCCUCCCGGCCCGCCUGGCCCUCCAGGCUCACCUGGAUUAAGGGGAGUUAUUGGCUUUCCAGGGUUUCCAGGUGACCAGGGUGAUCCAGGUUCUCCAGGUCCCCCUGGAUUCUCAGGAGAUGAUGGAGCAAGAGGACCUAAAGGAAGCAAAGGCGACCCUGCCAGUCAGCGUGGUCCAUCUGGUCCGAAGGGUGAGCCGGGUAGUCCUGGAUACCAAGGACAUCCUGGGGCCCCUGGAGAGCAAGGCUUUCCUGGAGGUGAUGGGCCUAGAGGACCACCAGGCAGACCUGGACAACCUGGCUCUUCUGGACCACCAGGAUAUCCAGGUGACCCAGGGAUACCUGGGCUGAAGGGCCACCCAGGAGAAACAGGAGACCCCGGGCCAAGAGGUUCCCCGGGAGAUUUAGGGAGGCCAGGUCCUCCGGGAGUAAAAGGGCCCCCCGGGUCUCCUGGUCUGAACGGCUUGCAUGGUCUCAAGGGUGAGAAAGGAGCCAAAGGUACCUCAGGUAUGCACGAAAUGGGUCCACCUGGGCCCAUGGGAAUACCUGGGCUAAAGGGAGAGAGAGGUGACCCUGGGAGCCCAGGAAUUUCUCCCCCAGGCCUUUCUGGAGAAAAAGGCCUCCCAGGACGCCCAGGGAGACCAGGACCACCUGGUGGCAUAGGUCCUCCAGGAAGACCUGCUAAAGGUGACAUUCCUGAUCCAGGUCCACCUGGAGACUGGGGACUUCCUGGCCCGGAUGGCCCAAGAGGAGCACCUGGGCCUCCAGGCUCCCCCGGGAAUGUCAGUCUUCUGAAAGGGGAUCCAGGUGACCGUGGUUUGCCUGGACCCCCUGGUUCCCGAGGCCCACCAGGCCCUCCAGGGUGUCAGGGCGCCCCAGGAUGUGAUGGCAAAGAUGGUCAGAAAGGACCAAUGGGGUUCCCAGGGCCUCCAGGGCCACCUGGUUUUCCUGGGGCACCUGGAGAGAAGGGACUACCUGGCCCUCCAGGCAGAAAAGGGCCCAUAGGCCCUCCAGGCUGCAGAGGUGAACCGGGGCCUCCCGCCGACCUGGAUUCCUGUCCUCGGAUCCCAGGACUUCCUGGAGUGCCAGGCCCCAGAGGACCAGAGGGAGCCGUGGGGCUUCCUGGAGAGAGAGGCCCCCCUGGACCAGGGUGCAAAGGAGAGCCUGGGCUGGAUGGCAGGAGGGGUCAGGAUGGCUUCCCUGGAUCUCCUGGGCCCCCAGGACACAAAGGUGACACUGGAGAGGCUGGCUGCCCUGGAGCACCAGGCCCUCCUGGUUCGAUUGGUGAUCCUGGGCCCAAGGGGUUUGGCCCUGGAUACCUCAGUGGCUUUCUCCUUGUUCUCCACAGUCAGACAGAUCAAGAACCCGCCUGCCCUAUGGGUAUGCCCCGGCUUUGGACCGGGUACAGCCUGUUAUAUAUGGAAGGACAGGAGAAGGCACACAAUCAAGAUCUCGGCUUGGCGGGGUCUUGUCUUCCCGUGUUUAGCACACUACCCUUUGCCUACUGCAACAUUGACCAAGUGUGUCACUAUGCCCAGAGAAACGACAGGUCCUACUGGUUGGCCAGUGCGGCUCCUCUUCCCAUGAUGCCACUCUUGGAGGAAGAGAUCCGCCCUUACAUCAGCCGCUGCGCUGUGUGUGAGGCCCCAGCGCAGGCAGUGGCGGUCCACAGUCAGGACCAAUCCAUCCCACCGUGUCCACGGGGCUGGAGGAGUCUGUGGAUCGGAUAUUCAUUCCUGAUGCACACAGGAGCUGGGGACCAAGGAGGAGGGCAGGCCCUGGUGUCACCUGGCAGCUGCCUAGAAGACUUCAGAGCUGCACCAUUCCUUGAAUGCCAGGGCCGACAGGGAACCUGUCACUUUUUUGCCAAUAAAUACAGCUUCUGGCUGACCACGGUGAGCCCAGACCGGCAGUUUUCCUCUAGCCCGUCACCGGACACCUUGAAAGACGUUCAGGCCCAGCGCCAGAAAAUCAGCCGGUGUCAGGUCUGCCUGCGAAUUCAAAACAGCUAGAGGAUUAAAAACAUGCAAACGGGCAUGAAGAGAGACUUCCGUGGAGGAAAAGAUGCCCCAACUACUGUAGCAAAUUCAGUGGUGCUCUCUCCCUGCUCCUUCAGCCACGCCCUGUCUCCUUCAGCCACGCCCUGUCGUCCUUCAGCCACGCCCUGUCGCAGCGUGGCUCCUCCAGGGGCCCUCCUUCUCCUCGCUACAGAUCAAGCGAACUCUGCACACGUGGAUUUGUUUGGCCCCCACCAAUCCAGAUGAAACCCGCACAUUCCCCUUUUAUUGAGAUGAUGGAAGAACAGGCUUUAUUUGAACAUGUGUUAAUUCCCAGAAAAGCGAAUGAAUGAAAAAGACCAGAUUAUAAAUGGCUGAAGACUUCAUUCAUUGGUUGAUAGCGUCUCAGACAACUGAAGUCAAUUAUUCUGUAAUCCAUUGGGCUUCUGGCUAGAUUUUACAGGAACAAUAUAAAUAGGCCAACAAAUGAAGCUUUGUAGCAGAGAUUUUCAAUGUUUCAGAAUGACUUCCUCUCUAAUCUAUUAUAAUCUAUUCUUUUUAACCAUGCACUUUAAAUAAUUGUGGGACCAUGGCCCAAAGAGGUUUUGAAAAAGGAGGAAGAAAAGAAAAGCAGCCUCUGUACACUGCCAGCAUUAGCAGUUUAUUUCAAAGCAGAAUGAGUCAUUUUGCCAGGAAGGCCUGCAGUCCUGUAUUCCAGGGCCUCGACAUUAGCAUAAACACUUCACAGACGAAUAUAAAACAUUAUGUUCUCUCCUGCAUUUUACAGAGAAUAGAAAUGCCUACUCUGGCAACCCUUUUGAAAAGUAGCAAUUAUAGAAAAAAUAUAUUCAAUAAGGGAUUAGGAGCCUAAAAGCUAUUAAUGAAUAUUAAGGUAGUGAUUCACAAAAAUCGACUCCCCGUCCCAGGGAACCUGCAAACAGACUACUUUUCCCCAGUCGGGGGGCCAGAGUGUCCUUCUGCUAAUGGCACUGAAGCCACAUGGGGCUUACUCAGGCAAUCCGGAGGCUGGUACAAAGCCUCUGGCUCUCCUCCCCAGGAGAACCUGUGAGGCUCCUCCUCCACACGCAUAAUGGCAACUGGCUCCUGAAGUGACAGGGCUAUCAUUAUGCACUUGGGAGAAAAUUAAGGGCUGGCUUAAUUAAACUUAGGUAAGAAGAUUCAUUUAUGUCAGGGUCACCCCACCAGGAAGGCGUGGGGCUCUCUUGAACAGAAACAAAGACGAUAUCCAAUCUGAAUUUUGAGCUCCUGUGAUUUUGUUUUUUUAUAGGAGCAUCCAUUUCGCCAAUUUUCAAACGUUCUUAAUAUCGUAUUAGCAUCAUGGCAAGACAGCUGUUUGACGCUGGACCUUAGCAGUUCCUGCACACGGGCAGGAUCCGUGACAAUUUGCAGUGAUUUUUCUGCAUACCGAAAGGUCUGUUGGCUACUCAGUCACGGACUGCUACAAAUCACAAAUAGAAAGCCUUGCUAGAAAAGACAUUAUUAUUAUUAUUAUUAUUAUUAUUAUUAUUAUUAUUAUUAUUGUUAUUAUUAUUAUUAUUAUUAUUUUGAAACUAACCUUCCCCAGCUAGAGUAAAACUGGCAUUUCCCCUGAGGGUGACACUCAUGUCAGAGCUCACUUUUCAGGGCACUUAAGAAUAACUGAAAGAAAAACUCAGUUAAAAUUUUGUUUCCGGGCCUGGAGAGAUGGCUCAGUAGUUAAGGGCACUUACCGUUCGCACAGAGGAUCUGAAUCCGGUUCCUAGCACCCAGGUCAGGUGGCUCGCGGUCACCAUUGACUCCAUUUCCUCUCCAGCCUACCUGGGCACUCCCGUACACAUGCAAAUACCCACCCACAGAAACAUACUCACACACAUAAUUGAAAGCAAAGGUAAACAGGAAAACAUUUCUAAGACGUGUUUUCCUUGCCAUCCUUUGCUCAAUGACGGGCUCCUUUAUGCAGAAUACAUUUAGCGUUUUUGUGUAGGUUUCCUGGGGGAAUGGCAGCUUAAGAGAACUUUCUGGUCAAUAAUGUCUAUUUUACUUUAUUGUUUCUAAAGCUAGUUUUUAGUCUGCAGUCCAACUUGGCCCGGGACUCACUACAAAACUCCACGCUGGCUUCAAAAUCUUGGCAAUUUCCUAGAGACUCCAAUGUACUAGAAGUUCAGCCAUUUUUUCUUUUUUUCCCCUUUGUUCUUUUUCUUUCUUAUUUUUUUUUUAAAUAAAGAAACCAGGUUUUUGUUUUGUUUUGUUAUUGAAGACAUGGUUGACAUUGUUUCAUCCUAGUCUGGAAUUCACUACGUAACCAGGGCUGAGCAUCUCUAUUUUAACAUAAAAUAUUUUCUUAAUGUAGCAGAAUAUUUCCUAUUGACCUAUUUGAUUUUGAGUUCAUGCUAUCUGUGUUGAAUAUUUUGAGUGUCUAAAGUUGAGGCCCACUUCUUUUUUAUUUGCAUUACUCUUGUGUUUCCAGAAUCCCCAAACCAGGCCUCCUGAUAGUUCAUGAUGAACUUAGUCUGAGAACAGGCUCUAGGAAGAGGUGAGGGGAACAGGUGAACCAUUAGAACACAUGUCAAAACCUUCCAUUUUGCAGUUAGGAUAUUAACACUCUUCAUAAAUAAGUUAGGACUGGCUGAAUCAGGAGGGCAGUUUAGCUCCCUGAGAUAGAAACCAUGAAAUAAUUCAAAGUAUAGAUUCCACAGCUCUUCUCUGAAUAUGGCAUGGGCGGAAAUGUAUUUUGAAAUGGUCCAAAAGAGCAAAACAAUGGGAAAACCAUUCUUGGGACAGAAGAGAGUGUUAUUUUUUUAAAAGUUAUUAUUUCUCUUUCCACCUGGCUACGUAUCAAUGUUUUUGGAACAGCCUUGCUCAGCGGGGUACACGACAAAGCUUUGUAGUUAUCCUAAUCCAUUACUGUGAUGGUCUUAUCUAAACCUCCUUUUUAGGACCUCCGCCCUUGUCUGGCUGGAAUGUGCUUAGAUCCCUAAUGGGAAUUACUUGGAGGCCCCAUACUAGAACAUGGACUGGGUGUUUCUUUCUGGGUCCUCAUUCUUGGUAAGUGGAGCCUCUCCAUCAGACAGGUGUCUAUGCUGCCUGUGGUCUGUUCCCUAGGCUGAAACAUCCCCAUUUUUAUGGGGGCCACUACCCCAUCCAUGCUCCUAGUUUUCCACCUAGCCUCUCACAGGAGAUAGCUCCAGUCUGAAAACCCGGCCAUCCUCUAAAUUCCACCCAAAUUAGAUUUUGUUAUCUUUUGGCUUAUCAUCCACAAUGACCACACCGCCUAUGAAAUCCAAAUGACUUCACAUGGGGGUGAAAGUCCAUCGUGAACUGUGAGGCUUGCGAGCAUCUCUCGUUAGCCUGAGUUGCACACAGAUCUGCCAAACAUUCACAUUUAUUUGUGUCUCUGGUUCCUCUCUCCACCAUCGAUGCUCUCCCUUGGGUCCAUUAGUUUGGUAGACACACAUUUAUCCUAGCACAGUAGACUAGUGGAGGUGUAUGAAUUUCCCAGAGACUUGGGGGUCUGUCUGUUCUCCAUCUCCAUUCUCUGAUAUCUUAGCACACUCCCUUCAUUCCCUGGUUAAAAACUGAGGCCCUUGUGGGACAGGGACCACGCUUUGCUCGUCUUAGGAUGUCCACUGUUAGCAUAUGAAUGUGACAAUUUUCUACACCUUAUUAAACCUUUGAUGUUCAGCUCUGUAUAUAAGAUAUCAUUGGUAAAAGGGUGCCCAGCAUAAUAAGCCUUACUUACUUCAGAAUAUCAAAACGUUAAACAUUCCCACACACCCACAAGCUCUUACUACAAUAACCAACACAACACCAGUCAACCAGCACUGGCCCUUUUAAAUGACUUCUCUAUGAGCUGAAAUCAGAAAUGAGAUUUGCUCAGAGACUUGGCAGAAAGAAGAUUCUUCACUGAAAUAGCACGACGGCUCGGGCUGCAAUCUGUAUUCCCUCACAAUGUAAAGACUUCUUGGUACCAAGUUGCAUCUACAAAGUCCGUGUAUGUUUUGAGUGCUUAGUAAAAGUCAGCAGAAUACCAAGGAGACUUGGACUUCAUCGAAGAGUUCCUUUUGCACUUCCUGCAGGUUACCGCAAAACAGUCGGCUCUCCUUUGUGAUCAGGGGUCCACUGGAAUAGUUUAACAGCUGUGUCCUACCUGGUAUAGCUGGCUGUAAGAAGCAUGGGGAAAGGAGGACUUCUGGAUGGACCCAGGUUUCAGUCCAGAUGUGUCCCUUCCCAAUUCUGUUGCCAUGGGUGAUUUCUGCUAAAUUUUCCUCAUCUAAAAUUUAGGACAUUACACUCAUGUUGAAAAUUAAAGUUGGAUUAUUACCUACCUAGUGCAUAGCAGCCACCAUGCACCAAUUAUCGUCACAUCGUCUAUUUAAAAUAAGGUAUUCAAUAUGAAAACUAUUUCUUGUCUCCUCCCCCCCCCCAAAAAAAUAAAAUUACAUGUUGAUUCUCCCAGGGCAUAUAAAUUAUUGGCUAGAAUUAUUCAUACCUAGCCAGCUCUUAACAUCUUUGGGAAUGCUUCUUUAUUUCAGUUCUUGGUUACUGUACCACAACAAGUUAUCACAGUUUCCUGCAGGGACAUUAUGAGUAAGGUCUGCAGGGACCAAACAAUUGGCAUCAAAAAAAAGUCAGCAUUCUACAAUUCUGCUAUCCACAAGAAACUCUGCAUCAUGCAUUUAAAACAGGGUCCCUGGCUCCCAUAUCCAUGGGAAAUGUUUGAACCUUAUGGUGCUUAAAUAUUUAAUGAUUCAUUGCGAAAAUGUGAAACACACUUGAUAAACUGCAUCACUUUCUCUAACCUAUUGUUUUAGAGUAAAAAAUUUUGAUCAUGCAACUUUUGCAAGAUGCCCGAUCUACCGUUGACCCAUAAAUAUUUGCUGUAUUGUCACUUAUGAUAUGGUUCAUUAUAUAUAAAAUUGUGUGAUGGCUUCCAGAA